ACAUAUACUCGCAUUAAUCUUCUACAAGAUGUCACCAAUCCUUAUCUACAACACCACGGGCGGGAUAAUGAGACUACUCCCGCACGAGGCUUCGAAAUAUUCCAGUAACCUACCUCAGUCUGCACCUGACGCAACAGAACUCGACACCAACAACUCGACACCACACUCUGACACUCAGCAACAACAGGAAAUGAAGGCCGGUUUGCCACAGUACCAUAUCAACGGUGUGGAAUUGAGAUGGAGUCCAGCCUGCAAUAUCAUCCCCCAAUAUCCCAUACGAAUUACGGGACUAAAAGACACGAAAGAGAGCACUGUGGUUGUGAAGGAUCAGGUUGGGCUGGACCAGUUGGUCAUGCAUGUGAAAUGGAGGCGGUGUGGGAACCACCUGGAGAAAGACGGUCUUGAACCAGUCGACGUCUUCGAUGGUCUGGGUUGUGAGGAAAAACAACGGGGUGUCAUAUUUGAGGAGUACGUGGGUUGUAAAACGGAUGGGGCUUGCGAGGACGAGGACGAUGAUGAGGAAGUAGAUGUAGUUGCGCCCAUCUUUGUCCAGGUAGACGUACUCAGUGCCACUGAUGCCGCUUUCUACGAAGAUGACGAGGAUGCCGCGACGGAAUUUGACGAAGAGAUUGGCGUCCGACCUUGUGUUGGAAGGCAAUAUGUUUGGCAAGUUUGAAACGGC